GCGCCCUUUACCAACAUGGCUGCGGGAGCGGGGCACUCUGGGAUUCGUAGUCCAGCCCUCGCGUGUCUUCCUUACGGCAGAGGGGCUCGCUCCGGGCGUUGUUGGCGGCCGCGAUGGCUCCUGGGAGUUGUAGUUCUUUGCCCUGUCUCGGCCCCCUCCUGUUUCCGGUGCCGUCACGGGGCAGAGCAGUCGGUGACAGUACCGAGGGCCCCCGCCCCGCGCCCAUGGCUGAGCCGGAUCGACUCAGAUUCAGACACUGAGGGAGGAGCGGCUGGCGCAGAAGGAGAGAUGGACUUCCUGCGGAAUUUCUUCUCCCAGACACUGGGCCUGGGCACCCAGAAGGAGCAUCUGCUGGACGAGUUAACCCUGGAAGGGGUGACCCGCUACAUGCAGAGUGAGCGCUGUCGCAGGGUUAUCUGUUUGGUGGGAGCUGGAAUCUCCACUUCCGCGGGCAUCCCUGACUUCCGCUCCCCAAACACGGGCCUCUACGCCAACCUGGAGAAAUACCAUCUUCCCUACCCGGAGGCCAUCUUUGAGAUUAGCUACUUCAAGAAACAUCCAGAGCCCUUCUUUGCCCUCGCCAAGGAACUCUAUCCUGGGCAGUUCAAGCCCACCAUCUGCCACUACUUCAUCCGCCUGCUGAAGGAGAAGGGGCUGCUCCUGCGCUGCUACACGCAGAACAUAGACACCCUGGAGCGAGUGGCGGGGCUGGAGGCCGAGGACCUGGUGGAGGCCCACGGCACCUUCUACACGUCUCACUGCAUCAGCCCCGUCUGCCGGCAGGAGUACACGCUAAGCUGGAUGAAAGAGAAGAUCUUCUCCGAGGCGACUCCCAAGUGUGAGAAAUGUCGGAGUGUGGUGAAGCCCGAUAUCGUGUUCUUCGGCGAGAACCUCCCAGCGCGUUUCUUUUCCUGCCUGCAGUCAGACUUCCUGAAGGUGGACCUCCUCAUCAUCAUGGGCACCUCCCUGCAGGUGCAGCCCUUCGCAUCCCUUAUCAGCAAGGCGCCCCUCUCCACGCCACGCCUGCUCAUCAACAAGGAGAAGACUGGCCAGACUGACCCCUUCCUCGGGAUGAUGAUGGGCCUCGGAGGAGGCAUGGACUUCGACUCCAAGAAGGCCUACAGGGACGUGGCCUGGCUGGGUGACUGCGACCAGGGCUGCCUGGCCCUUGCCGACCUCCUCGGAUGGAAGAAGGAGCUGGAGGACCUUGUCCGGAAGGAGCAUGCCAGCAUAGAUGCCCAGUCGGGGUCGGGGACUCCCAACCCCACCGCUUCAGCUUCCUCCAGGAAGUCUCCACCUCCUGCCAAGGAGGAGGCCAGGACCACGGAGGGAGAGAAACCCCAGUGACAGACGCAUCUCCCAGGCAGGACACCCAGCUUUGGGACAGCUGAGCCCCAGCCAGGCCUGGCCCCCUCUAACUUACAGCUCUUUUCUGGGGAGCUCAGAACAUUUCUUCAACCUACUAACUACUCCCUCCCAAAACUGGGGUCCCAGCACCCCUGACCCCAGCGAAUCUCUAACAUUCUUAGGGGCUGAGGCUUGGGCAGCCGGUCUCUAAGAGCCCGCAGCCCCUAAUCACCCCUAGGGCCAAGGAUCAGCCUCCCCUAAUCUCUAACUGCUCAGGGGGCCAGGGGUACCUCCAAACUGCUAACUGUCCCAGGACGAGAGCCCCAGGGCCCCCAUGCUCUCUACUGUUCCCAGGGGCUUGGGGCCAAGUAGACGAAGUCUAACCUACCCUGGGUGGGGAGGUGCGCCCUCCAAACAUAACUCACACCCGGUGGGGGGAUCCAAGCCUCAAGGCCUCCCAAGUCUCUGCCUACAACUCCCAAAGUGGGUGCUAGGCCCCCUCACUCGGGACCCGUUUCCCAGGCGGGGGUGGGCAGAUGGUGUCGCUUAUUAGAGACAAAUUAAAAACAAAAAACAACUAAC